ACUACCCUUUCGUCCAUGCUCCAUGCCUAACCCCUCUUAUGUCCUUUUUUGCUUCUAUUUUCCCCUAUUUUCUCCCUAGCUUUUUUUGUUCUUAAUUGUACCCCUCAAAGGUUUUUUUUCCCUUAAUGAAUUGUUUCUAUAACAGAGAAGAGGGAAGCUUUGGUUUUUACAAGCCAGGAAGGAACCAUCAACCAUUGGGAUUCUUCAUGUUUUGAUCUGUAUGUGUGGUAAAUAAUUGAAGUUUUUUGAUUCAAAAGAAAUCAGAACCAUCAAAGAAAAGGAGGGAGGGGGAUCUUGUUCUUUUGUAAGUUUGCAUUAAAGGAGGCAAAGAAACUAUGGGGAAAUAGCUAAGCUUUCAGAAAAAGAAGAUGACAAAGCAACUAACAAGUAAAAAGGACGCUACACCGCUGCACUCGGCUGUUAGAGCAGGGGAUUUUGAAUUGGUUUUGGAAAUUAUUAAUGGUCUUGAGGAUGGAGAGUUGAAGGACUUGUUGUCGAAGCGGAAUCAAUCCGGUGAGACUGCCUUAUACGUUGCUGCAGAGUGUGGUCAUGCUGAUUUGGUGAAGGAAAUAAUGAAGCACUGUGAUAUUGUUUUGGCUGGUCUUAAAGCAAGGAAUGGCUAUGAUGCUUUUCAUAUUGCUGCUAAGCAAGGGGACUUGGAGGUAUUGAAGAUUCUCAUGGAGGCCAAUCUUGAGCUUUCAAUGACUUUUGAUUCUUAUAACACCACAGCAUUGCAAACUGCUGCAUCACAAGGCCACACUGAAGUGGUGAAGUUUCUGUUGGAAAAAGGCAGCAAUGUGGCUGCAAUAGCAAGGAACAAUGGAAAAACUGCCUUACAUUCAGCAGCUAGGAAUGGACAUCUAGAGAUAGUAAAGUCCCUAUUGUCUAAAGAACCUGGAAUUGCAACAAGGAUUGAUAAGAAGGGCCAGACAGCUUUGCAUAUGGCUGUUAAAGGACAUAAUGUUGAAGUGGUGGAUGUCCUACUAAAGUCAGAUCCUUCUUUGAUAAAUAUGGUUGAUGCCAAGGGCAACACUGCUUUGCAUAUAGGAUCUCAAAAGGGUCGUCUUCAGAUAGUUGAAAAGCUGCUAAAUGACAGUGGACUUAACAAACUAGUCAUCAACAAGUCUCAGGAAACAGCUCUUGACGCUGCAGAGAAGAAUAAAUUAUCUGAUAUUGCAUGUAUUUUAAAAGAGCAUGGAGUCCAAUCUGCCAAAUCCAUCAAGCCACAUCCUGCAAAUUCAGCACGAGAACUAAAACAAACUGUAAGUGAUAUAAAGAAUGGAGUUCAUUACCAGCUGGAGCAUACACGUAGAACAGGAAAACGCGUGCAAGGUAUAGCUAAGCGGCUCAACAAAAUGCAUGUUGAAAGUCUCAACAAUGCUAUCAACUCCAGCACAGUGGUGGCUAUUCUCAUUGCCUCUGUUGCAUUCGCUGCCAUUUUCAAUGUCCCAGGUCAAUAUGUUGACAGUCCUAGCGAUAUUUCACCAGGGGUCUCUCCAGGACAAGCGAGAAUCGCUGCAAAACUACCAUUUAUGAUUUUUGUUGUCUUUGACUCCAUAGCCCUCUUCAUAUCAUUGGCUGUUGUAGUAGUACAAACGUCUGUUGUAGUUAUACAGAGAAAGGCAAAGAAGCAGAUGAUGGCAGUUAUUAAUAAGCUCAUGUGGUUGGCUUGUGUGCUGAUUUCAGUUGCUUUUCUUGCCCUUUCAUAUGUUGUAGUUGGAAAAGACGAGAGGUGGUUAGCUAAUCUUAUUACCGGUAUAGGGACUGUUAUCAUGGUAUCGACAUUGGGGACAUUGUGUUAUUGGGUGAUUGUGAACCGUAUUGAGGCUUCCAAAAUUCGGAGCAUCCGUAGGUCUUCAAUGACUAGCGGAUCUCGGUCAUUACCCACACCAUAUACGUCUGACACAGAGAUUCUAAACAAUGAGCACAAGAAACUCUAUGCGGUUUGAGCUUUUAAUGCACUAGAAACAUUUCAUCUCAUGCUUACAGAUUUGACCAACUGUAGUAGAACGUUAGCAAAUUGCAAGGUUGAGCUUAAACAUAUUGCAAGAACAGCUGAGAAUCUGUAGACGUACAUUUAUUUUUUGUAGUUCAAUGGAUCAAGAAAUUAGUCAAUGAUUUGGCUUGAUUGCCUAGAUUUUCUGUCAA